AUGCGUGUGAUUCUCUGUCUACUAAUGAUUGGCCUAGCUGCCAGUGCGGCCACACCAGCGCCCGGCAGGAUAGUGGGCGGGUCGAUCGUCUCCAUCGACCACUACCCAAUGGCAGCGGCCAUGCUGUUCUCUCGAGGAGUCACUGAUUUUGUUCAGACCUGUGGUGGUUCGAUCAUUACAAGCAGAACUAUACUCUCUGCGUCUCAUUGUUACCGCGGCUUCCCUGCGGUCCGCUGGCGCGCUCGUGUGGGCUCCACUUACGCGCACAGCGGCGGUAUCGUCCACAACACUGCCAGGAUCUAUCAUCAUCCUGACUUUGAAUCCUUCACUACUGAUAAUGAUGUAGCGGUUCUCCACAUGGCAGUAUAUUUCACUUUCACCAACACCGUACAGCAAGGCGCUAUCGCUGGCGCUAACUAUAAUCUAGCUGAUAACCAAGUUGUUUGGGCCAUUGGCUGGGGACACACUAGUUUUAUGGGCGAAUCAUCUGAAGAACUUCGACACGUUCAAGUGUGGACGGUCAACCAAGAGAUAUGCAGACAGCGCUAUGAAAUGGUGCCUCGUCGUAUCACUGACAACAUGUUAUGCUCGGGCUGGCUUAACGUCGGAGGUCGCGACCAGUGCCAGGGUGACUCCGGCGGCCCUCUGUUCCACAACAACGUCAUCGUCGGCGUCAGUUCGUUCGGAGUAAACUGCGGUACGCCCGUGUUCCCGGGCGUCAAUGCUCGUGUCAGCCGAUUAGUUGAUUGGAUUGUGGAGCGUGCUUAAUCAAACUAUUUCCUUGUGUAACGUACUAAAAAGACAAAUAAAGUCUUCAAGGAAC